AUUUCAAAACUAUUCAGUGCAAUUGUAUCAUGGACUUUUAUUUAGAAAGUCUGUACCGGAAGCCACUUUGAAUCGCGCUGUACUUGACUUCGCUGGGAAUGGGAAUUAGGUAGAGCAGAACAGGUUUGAAAGGCAGAUUGACGCUGUGUCGGGCACACUGAAGACUCUUUUGCUGGAGAAAUAUGCUUUAUUUCGUGGAUUUUAGCCGGAGAAUCCGAGUUUGUGAUUAAAAGCUGUGGAUUUUUUGGUCACAUUUUCAUAUGAGCUCGGCUCGGUGAGAAGCCGGGGGACGGGACUAGAGAAGAAGCUGCUUUUUACCUUGUAAAGAAACGCCAACAAAGAGCAUUCAGGGAAGUAGCUGCUGCCUGGUGAGAUAACGCAAGUUAGUUCAGAAACAAAUAGAAAGUGCGGCGGCAGAUCAAUUCUUCAAUAUGUUUUACAGCAGGCCGCUCCGCACCGUGUUGACUUUGUUGUUUUUUAUUCUCUUCAUAAACAUGGGGAUUUUCGGAGUAAACGGGCAGUACGGCGGCGGGGACCGAGGAAUGUCUGUCCCGGAGCACGGAUUCUGCCAACCGAUCUCCAUUCCGCUGUGUACGGAUAUCGCCUACAACGAGACCAUCAUGCCGAACUUACUGGGUCACACCAACCAGGAGGACGCGGGGCUGGAGGUCCACCAGUUCUACCCGCUGGUGAAAGUGCAGUGCUCCCCGGAUUUAAAGUUCUUCCUCUGCUCCAUGUAUGCGCCAGUAUGCACGGUGCUCGAACAGGCGCUGCCCCCGUGCCGCUCUCUGUGCGAGCGCGCACGGCAGGGCUGCGAGGCGCUCAUGAACAAGUUCGGCUUCCAAUGGCCCGACACCCUCGCCUGCGAGUCUUUCCCGGUGCACGGCGCGGGAGAGCUGUGCGUCGGCCAGAACAUGUCGGACCGCACCGAGUCUGAGGCCCCUGGUCCGUACCCCACCGAGCGCACUCCCUCUGAUCCUAUCAACGGUCAGUUCAGGUGCCCGGCCUCGCUCAGGGUGCCUCCCUAUUUGAACUAUCGCUUCCUCGGGCAGGAGAACUGCGGCGCUCCGUGCGAGCCUAAGAGAUCCCACGGGAUGAUGUACUUCAGCGAGGAGGAGCUCAAAUUCGCGCGAAUAUGGAUCGGGAUCUGGUCUGUGUUGUGCUGUGCGUCCACCUUGUUCACCGUGCUGACGUACCUGGUGGACAUGAAGCGCUUCAGCUACCCAGAGCGGCCCAUCGUCUUCCUGUCUGGCUGCUACUCUAUGGUGUCCAUCGCUUACAUUGCUGGAUUUUUACUGGAGGACAAAGUGGUUUGCAAUGACAGGUUUGAUAAUGACAUCAGGACUGUGGUACAGGGCACUAAAAAGGAGGGCUGCACCAUCCUUUUCAUGAUGCUGUACUUCUUCAGUAUGGCCAGCUCCAUCUGGUGGGUCAUCCUGGCUCUCACCUGGUUCCUGGCAGCAGGAAUGAAAUGGGGCCACGAGGCUAUCGAGGCUAAUUCUCAGUACUUCCACCUGGCAGCCUGGGCCGUGCCCGCCAUCAAGACUAUUACCAUCCUGGCUGUGGGGCAAGUGGAUGGAGACGUGUUGAGUGGGGUCUGCUUCGUAGGAAUCAACAGCGUGGAUGCCCUGCGGGGCUUCGUUCUGGCGCCGCUGUUCGUCUACCUGUUCAUCGGAACCUCCUUCCUCUUGGCGGGCUUCGUGUCCCUGUUUCGCAUCCGGACCAUCAUGAAGCACGACGGCACCAAGACGGAGAAGCUGGAGAAGCUAAUGGUGAGGAUAGGGAUCUUCAGCGUGCUGUACACUGUGCCGGCCACCAUUGUCAUCGCCUGCUACUUCUACGAGCAGGCCUUCAGAGAGCAGUGGGAGAGGACGUGGAUCAGCCAGACGUGUAAGACAUACGCGGUGCCAUGUCCCAUUCAGAACCACCCUAACAUGAGCCCUGACUUCACGGUCUUCAUGAUAAAGUAUCUCAUGACGCUCAUUGUGGGCAUCACCUCUGGAUUUUGGAUCUGGUCUGGGAAGACACUCAACUCCUGGAGGAGGUUUUACACAAGACUGGCCAACAGUAAACAGGGUGAGACCACAGUGUAACGUGGUUUCGCCUCCACCCUCACACAGACUGCUUAGUGACAAACUGAAUGAUAAUCCUCUUUAUUAUGUUCAUUUGAUUUGUCUUUGACCUACAGGAGACACUGUAUGUUUUUUAAUGUACAUAUACAUUUGUGAGAUUUUUGUAAGUAUAUAUUUGUAUUUAAAGAUUUUUAAAAUUCUUUUUAAAAAAAAACAAACAAAAAAAAAACAAUACUUUUUCAUACUUUGGACAUAAUGGGAUUGUACUUAACCAUCACAAAUAGCCAGCUGACCAUCAAAGAGCCUGAGGUCUCAUGACCUGACUCACUGUGGACACCAGUGGGAGCGUUUCACAUUGGGUUUUUUGCGUCUUUGAAUCAGUGAACUGCCUGUGAGCGCCGGCUCUAUUCUAAGCACAGUCCCGUGAAACCCAAGUGCUUCCUCGUGGCUGCCUCUUAUCCUUGAUUAACUGGCUGCAGCUUGCGUCUGUUGUACAGUGGAGCAGCAGUCGCCCUGGUCUGGAGGGGAAAUGUCAGCAGUCUGGGACAAGAGACGGGGCACAGGUUGUGAAUGUGAGUCAUUGUGACAGAUGGUCGUGGCCUGUAGCUCCGGCCCUUACAGUUAUUACAUUCCUUUCCAAAUAAAGCACACCUAGGAGCAUACCAGUGUUAUUACAUGUUUUUAUUCCUGAACAUUUUAUUUUAUUGAUUUCUAGAAACAUAUUUUCAGUAAAAUAUGUCCAUCAUGAGCUGAGCUUUAUUGUGUUUAAAUUGUUUUAUUGUUGUGUUACAUUGAAAAGACCCUUCAGUAUAACACAACAAUAAUAACUUUGACCAAAAUGAAAGCAGAUCCAUUUAGAUUAAUUUACUGUGAAACCAGGGGAAGAAAAACAUUUUCAAAAUAUAAAAAAUUAUAGUGUUAAAAAUGCAUAGCUGUGAUGUAAGUGAUUCUAAAACAUGCAAACACUUGUAUGCUCCUCAACAGUGAUUCAAAGCAGCAUCAGCCUGGUCGGUUUGUAUUUUAACAACUCAAACUACCCCUGCAGCCAGUUUCUAGUUCACUACAUACAAAGCUGGAAAAUGUACAAGCAGAAGACGUGUGUGUGUGUGUGUGUGUGUGUGUGUGUGUGUGUGUGUGAGCGAGAGAGAGCACAUUUUAAA